AUGCCGCGCUCCGUCGUCUCUCGCAUAGAAGACCCAUCGAAUGAUAAUCUGGAAGAAAUCGUGGAUCUGUUAGCAUACACUAACACAGACCAGUGGGUCAAUUCGAUGGUGGGAGGAGAUCAGACCCUACUACCGGAAAUGUUUCGUGCCAUGGUGCGAGCGGCGCUGCUCGACGGUGAGGUGCACGUCGUUGAGGAUGGUAUAGAUGAAACUGGUAGAGCAGAGGUUUGUUCAGUUGGAAGAUGGUUCGGGACGUACAGGAAAUGCUGGGAUACGGAAGCACAGCGUGCCUUGGGAUUUGACAAGUUCCUAGGCCACGUAUCGCCCAGGAGCAAGAAAUCGCUGAAAGAAGUCUACUCGUUCUCAUACAACGAGUUGUUUUAUCAAGUCCUGAGAAAAGAGAAGGAAGGAAGUUGCUGGGCCAUGGCGAUGGACGCCAUACACGGACAAAAAGGAUUCGGAAGAGCAAUCGUCGAUACCAUGUACCAGAAGGCCAUCGCUGAUAACAUGGUCAUCACAGGGGGAACAUCCGGCCAAGAAUACGUACGUCUGCGGAUAGGCCUGACGGAUACGCAGCCUGCUAACUCGUUGUGA